AUGGAUCACGACCAGCUCUUGAAGGCUUCGGUUGCUGGGCUUGCUGUAGCAGGCCUCACCACCGUUCCUGCCCUGUCUGCAAUCAUCUCGCAGAUCCGAUCCCGAGCUCCCAAGGACAAUUUCUAUGAGGAUCAGGAUGGUGUCGCUACCCCCGAGUCCAUUGCUGCCUUUUCCAACAAGGCCAGCAAGUUCGCUGUGACUUUUUUCGCUGCAGCCACUGCUGCAUUGUCAAUUGCUCUCUCCGUCUUAAAUACCGCCAACGCGACCCAGGAAGGCUUGUUCCUCUCUACCUGGCUCACCACUGGUGCUUGGAUUCUCAUUUUGCUCCAAGCCGUAUGCUUGGCUGCUCACCACAACUUCAUCAAGGUCUACGAUCUUGGUCUCGGCAUUUUCCUCGGCUCCCUCGUCAACAUCAUUGUCGCAACCGCCGAGACCAACCAUGUCGGCCAAUACCAGUCCCUCCAGCGUGAUAUUACUCUCAUUCUGCGCAUCUGUACUCUUGCCUCUGCCGGUCUUCUCGCUAUUUCCUCUGCUCUCAUCCCCCGCCGCCCCGACGUCUUUUACAACGAUGAACCCGUCGACCGCAACUUUAGCGUCAAUGCCCUCAAUAGAUUUACCUGGGGCUGGGGUCGUAAGACCCUUGAUCUGGGAGGCAAAAAGGGUGACUUGAAGCAGACUGACGUUCCCCGCCCGCCUAGCUACGCUAGGUCCAAGAGCCUUGUUGAAGCGUGGGAAAGCUUCAAGUUUGGUGCUGGUUUACUGAAAAAUCUCAUUCGCCUCUACGGCUGGCGCUUCGCUAUUCAGUGGACCGGCACCCUCUUCCGUGUCGCUGUUGGCAUGAUUCCCUACAUCAUUCUUCUUAGACUCAUCCAAAAGCUCGAAAACACGCCUCGCGAUGAAAUGAGAUUCGGUGACUUCUGGCUUCACGUUGUUGGCCUCGGACUCUGUGGCAUCACUGAGCAGUGGCUUGACGGCUAUCUCAACUGGUAUGCCAUUGUCGGCAUGGGUAUCCCCAUGUCUGCCCAGCUUUCGGCUCUCGUCUUUGAAAAAUCUCUUCGACGCAAAAAUGUCAAGACUGCCGAGAAAAACCGCGACACCGACGGAGAAACCAAGAAGGACGAUAACGACAACAAGAAAGAUGAUAAGGAUAAAAAGGAAGAAAAGGAUGAUAAGGCUGACGAAACGGUUCUUCGCUCGCGACAGGCUAUUGUCAACCUUGUCGGUGUUGAUUCGAGACGUAUUGCUGACUUCCUUGCGAUGCACUUCAUCAUCAUCAACGCCAUUUCGAAGCUAAUCCUUUACUCCGUCUUCCUCAUUCAGCUCAUUGGUUACCAGCCAUACUUGGCUGGUGUCAUCGCCUGGGCCAUUGUCCUGCCAAUCAAUAUGUACGCCUCCAAGAUCUAUCUCAAGCAGGAGGACAAGCUCAUGAAGAUUCGUGACGAGAAGCUCGCCAUGAUCAACGAAGCUCUUCUUGGCAUUCGGCAGAUCAAGUUCUCCGCUCUUGAGAAGGAGUGGUCAGCUCGUAUUAUGGCAAAGCGUGGAAAGGAGCUCGGCACUAUUCGAUACAUCUUUGCCAUCGAUCUCAUUCUCUUCACUUGCUGGAUAGUUAGCCCUAUCCUUCUCGCUGUGGUUUCGCUCGCUGUCUAUGCUAUUCAGAAUGGAUCUCUCAAGCCCUCUACCGCUUUCGUCGCUAUUGGUAUUUUCAAGAGCUUGGAAAUGAGUCUCUCUGUUCUCCCCGAGUUCAUCGGUUACGGUCUCGACACGCUGAUUUCAGUUCGCCGCCUUGGAAAGUACCUCGAGGGUCCUGAGAUGACCGACAUCAUCACACGUGGUCAUGAUGCUGCCUUCGACAAUGCAUCUGUUGCCUGGCCUGUUGACGACGAGGUUCCUGAGGAUGAACGUUUCGUCCUUCGUGACCUGAACCUUUCUUUCCCACAGGGCGAGCUUUCCGUCAUUUCCGGAAAAACCGGCACUGGCAAGAGUCUGUUGCUCUCGUCUCUCAUUGGUGAAGUUGAUCUUCUUGCUGGAAGAGUUAUCAUGCCACCAUCGCUCCCUCCUGCUGAGCGCAACGACAGCAAGGCACACAAAGGCAACUGGAUUCUUCCCGGCACCAUCGCGUACGUGAGCCAAAGCCCCUGGCUUGAAAACGCCACCCUCCGUGACAACAUCAUCUUUGGUCUGCCAUACGACGAGGAGCGCUACAACAACGUUAUUGAAGUAUGCGCUCUGCGCAAGGACCUUGACAUCCUCGAAGAUGGUGACCAGACUGAGCUUGGUGCCAACGGCAUUAACCUCAGUGGUGGCCAGAAAUGGCGCGUCACGCUGGCUCGUUCCGUCUACUCGCGUGCUGAACUAUUGCUCCUGGAUGAUAUCUUCAGUGCUGUCGACGCACACGUUGGCCGACAAAUCUUUGAGAAGUGUAUUUCCGGGCCCAUCUGCCAAGGUCGUACCCGUAUUCUUGUCACCCAUCACGUUGCCUUGGUCGAGUCCAAGACCAAGUAUCUGGUUGAGCUUGGUGAGGGCACUGUCCUUCACUCUGGUCUAACCAGUGAUCUGGCUGAGGACGGUACUCUCUAUAAAAUCCGCAGCCACACUCAAACCGAGGCCGAGAUCCAGGCUGACGAAGCCGCAAAUGCUGAGACGAUGGUCAAUUCCGAGGAAGGCUCUGACGCCGAAAAUGAACUGCAGAAAGUCCCUUCCAAGUCUGCCAAGAAAUUUGUUGAAGACGAAAAAAUCGAAAAGGGUUCGGUCAAACGCCACGUAUAUGCCACCUACAUCAACGCCAGUGGUGGUCUUCCUUUCUGGAUUGCCUGCGGUUGCUUCUACAUUGCCUAUGAAGCUGGUAAUGUUGGCCGCAACUGGUGGCUACAGAUUUGGACUGGAAAGACCGUUGACUCACCUGCUGAUAACUCGACCUUGUCUAUCAAUACCUUUUCCUCACACGGCACUGCUAGCAUGUUCUCGCUCCAACAUGGGAGCCUCCAUGCUUCUGCCGCACCCGUCGACGACAGCGAUCUCCACCUGGGCUUUUACCUUGGUGUGUAUGCUGCUAUCGCUCUAGCUAGUGGUAUUAUUGGGUCCAUGCGCAUGCUGUGGGCGUUUACAAUGAGUCUCAAGGCCAGUCAGAAGCUCUUCGAGCAGAUUCUCUUCACCGUUGUUCGCACGCCCCUGAGAUGGCUCGACACUGUCCCGGUUGGUCGAGUGCUUAAUCGCAUGACUGCCGACUUUGAUGUCAUUGACACUCGCCUGAGCUUCAGUAUCAGCUUCUUCAUUGGCCGAUGCCUCGCUAUUAUUGCUGUCUGUGCCGCAUCAACCCUGGUCACCCCCCUUGUUCUGCCUCUCGCCUUGUUGCUCAUUAUCGGUGCUGGUUUUAUCGGCAAGAAGUACAUGGAUGGUGCUCGACCUAUGAAGCGUCUCGAAAGUAACUCGAAGUCACCCGUUUUUGAGCUUUUCAACACUACGCUCGCUGGUGUUUCCACACUCCGCGCCUUCCAGAAGAACAAGGAUUACAUCAAGCGUAUGCACUACCACCUCGACACUUGGAACACCAACAAGGUUCAUUUUUGGAUUUUCAACCGCUGGAUGGGCAUCAGAAUGGCUGCCAUUGGUACCGUCUUCACCACCUGCGUUGGCAUUGUCAUCAUUCUUACCAAGACGAACGCUGCCAUGGCCGGUUUCGCCAUGUCUUUUGCGCUUGAUUUCGCCAACACGAUUCUGUUUGCCAUCCGUGCUUACGCAGGUCUUGAGCUUGACAUGAAUGCUGCUGAACGUGUCGUUGAGUACUCUGAACUGAAGAUGGAAAAGCAGGAUGGUGUAGAGCCCCCUGCUGCCUGGCCUACGUCUGGCACUGUUGAGAUGAAGGAUGUCGUGGUGGGUUACGCAGAUGAUUUGCCUGCCGUUCUCAAAGGAGUUUCUUUCGCCGUCAAGAACAACGAACGCGUCGGUGUCAUUGGCCGUACAGGAGCGGGCAAAUCUUCCAUGACGCUUGCCCUCUUCCGGUUCUUGGAAGCGCGCUCCGGCUCUAUCAUCAUAGAUGGCCGUGACAUUUCCAAGAUUGAUCUUCAUAGUCUGCGCUCCCGUCUCGCUAUUAUCCCUCAAGACCCUGUCCUGUUUUCCGGAACCGUCCGCUCGAAUCUUGAUCCUUUCGAAAGGUACACUGAUGAGGAGCUGCGCGAAUGUCUCCAGCGCGUCCAUCUUGUUGACUCGCAGCCCGUGACUCCUGCCAACGAACCUGCGUCGUCCUCCAACUCCACCGUCGCGCCGCAAAACACCAACAUCUUCCGAGACCUCAACAGCGGCAUCUCCGAGUCCGGUGGCAACCUGUCACAGGGCCAGCGCCAGCUACUUUGUAUCGCUCGCGCUAUUGUCGCGCGCCCUAAGAUCAUGGUCCUGGACGAAGCUACCUCGGCUGUCGACAUGGCCACGGACGCGCUUAUCCAGCGUAGUAUUCGUGAAGAGUUCGACAACAGUACCCUGCUUGUUAUUGCGCAUCGCCUGAGCACCAUUGCCGACUUUGACAAGAUUCUCGUUCUCAGCGAAGGUACCGUUGCCGAGUACGGUAGCCCCAGGGAGCUCUGGGAUAAGGAAGGCAGUAUCUUCCGCGACAUGUGUGAGCACAGUGGUGAGAAGGACAAGCUGGAGGCUACGAUUCUGGGCAAGAAGUAG